UCUUUUUGUCGAUAUGGGAGAUAUUUAAAUGUUAAGAGACGAGAGUUAAAAAGUUUCUGGGAAAAUUAAACAGUUUACUACCUCAGACUGCUGCUGCGUCUUUCGUUUAAGAUGGAAUUCUUCUGGUAUACGUUGUUUGUAAUUUUAACUACCCUUGGUAAUUUGACAUCAGCCACAGAAUGUAAUAAAGAAAGUAUAAAAGCAUGUAUGGCUGCUCUCCAGCCAUAUUUGGAUGCUGCAACUCAAAUGGAGGAUAAAGAUAAGGUAGCACAAGAAUUUUGCCAAACAUUUCAAAAAGGACAAAACUGCUUGAAGGAAAUAUCCGAGUCUUGCAAAAAAAGCGAACCUGAUAUUGCUGCCGUAGCCAGGAGUUUUUCUGAUUAUUUGGAGCGAAUGUGCGAACUGGGAUCUGAAAUACAAAACACUUAUCCGAAACUUACUAGCUGCUUUAAAGAACAUGAAAGUGAGUUCAAGAAGUGUGCCUCGGUAGAAUUCACUGGCAAGACAGAUGAAUCACUGCAAAAAAUUUGCAAGGAAAUGAAGACGGUAUUAUGCUUAGCAGAGAAAAGCAAGAAAACUUGCGGUGAUGAAGGGCAACGUUUCGGAUCGGCAGUUGAAAACGUUAUGCAUGAAGAUUAUUCUUUCAUAUGCGGUGGAGCCCCGAAAUUCGUCGUCAACAGCUGGAUUUUCAUUCUUGUAUUAUUUGUUUCGUAUUGGAUUAGCACACAAGCGUGAAAUUUUGCUUAAAAAGGAAAUUUUUAUUUUAAAUGUAAUAUUUUAUAAAAUAAUUCAGAAAAAGUGAUAAUCAUUUAUAAAAGAAUCUUAAUAAAUGACUUUUGUGUGUGUCGUUCUAAAUAAAGGGUUUAUUAUUAGUUUCACAA